AUGAAUACAAAUAAUACAACUGAGUAUGAGGCUUUGUUGUUAGGGCUGUCUGAAGCAAAGAAAUUGGGAAUUAAGCUGCUACGAGUUAAAGGGGAUGUAGAGUUGAUUGUGAAGCAAGUCAAGGGGUUAUUUAGCAUUAUGAAUGAGAGAUUGAGACAUUACAGGAAUAGGGUAUGGGAUGAGAUUGAAGGGUUUGAUGCAUUCUUUAUUGAAGCUGUUCCUAGAGAGAAAAAUGCUAAAGCUGAUUCUCUAGCAGUUUCGGCUUCUCUUCUGAGUUCACACCCAGAAUUUACAAAUGAUACUUAUCGAGUGGAACUGAUUUAUCAACCAAGUGUGCCUGAUAACGCAAUAUUUUGGCAGGUGUUUGAAAAUGAUCAACAUAUCAAGAAUUUCUUGCAAUGUGUAGAGAUGUUUAUAGCUACUUUCUUUGAAGGUUCAACCUCAGAGUGUAGAGAGUUUUCUCCGGAUUUAAAACAAGAGGCAAAUGAAGGGAUACUACAGUUAAAGGGAAAUAGAAUUCCUAAAGGUUUGGUUUCUUUAGAGCGUCUUUUUGAUCAUCAUGACGCCUUAAGACAAAGGAAGGAUGAGUAG